AUGUUCAUGCUUCGCCAUGUGAGCAAAAUCGUCUUCGGCGACACAACAAAGGAAUCCAUAAUUGAGAUACCUCAAGGCCAGUUAUAUAUCGUACGGCCACAGUCGCCAAAGGGCUAUUCAGAGCUCAUAUUUCGCGACGCUGCCGCCAGCAUUAGACGCACAGGGCAAGAGUUCCAGUAUCAGUUGGUUAUUCAGCGCGCCUACGAGGAAGGAGAAGAGGAGCUCGCAGAAGACGAGGACGAAGAAAAUAUCGAUGGACUUGGUGGGGACAAAGACGAGAAGGCUUUUCUACUAGACGAAAUCCUCCGUUUUAGAUCCGAAGUGCGAGAUGGUGGUGAGAAAGUUCUAGCCUGGCGUGAUCUCAGUGGUGACCAAGGAGACCUCUACGAGUUCGUUUGCGACACAUCUAUCACCUCAGAUAGAAUCGAUAAAUUUUGUCUCGCGGCCGCUGAGUGUCAGUUCGAACAAAAAUACCGGAAGAGCGCUCAGGAGGCUAAGGUCAAAGAUCUUCAGGAGUUCUACUUUGAGGAGGAAAGCCCGAUCCCCAGUGCUAGCCCUGAUCUCACGCGGUCCCCGACAGCGAAGGAAUCUGCCACAGCCAUGGCGCGAGAAGUAGCUGUACCAAACGAAAAGCCAGCUGAUACCACUCAAGCACCGCCUUCCGCUGCGAACCCUGAGGCAAUCGAGAUCCUAGCCAAGGAAAAUGCCGAACUCUAUCUCUUUGAUUUCAACAGUGGAACAUUCGUUAUACAGGAUCCAUCUGUUGUUGCAACAGUCUCAGAGAUUGGGGAAUGGCAGUACUGGCUUCAGAUAAGUGGAAAGGACAGAGAUUGGUUAGGACAACCUGUGGUGGCGGACAUCAACCCCGUGUUCAACUUCGAAUAUCUGUCCUUUAUCUUCAAUCAUUAUAUUGAAGAUGGCUCCGCAUAUUCGUGGCUGCUUCGCUUCAAGGACCAGACCGUCGAGGAGAGAUUCCAAGAAGGCCUAAUGCAAGCAUUAUGGGAACAACUGAAUGAAAUGAAAUGGGCGAAAUCCAAAGAAAACGAUAGAGAAUACGUGCUUGAGGCUUUCAACGACCUCACAAUGGAAGAUGUACCUGAGGAGGAGGAAGAGGAGGAGGAAGUCCCUGAAGAAGAAGUGGAAGAUGAAGGCCAGCGCAGCGAACAAUACGAUACAGAUGAGGAAGAUGAUGAUGUUGUUACCCGAGAUAAAGACGGAAACGUCAACUCCCAGCUCGCAGUCGGUUACAAACACGAUAGGUCAUUUGUUGUUCGAGGAUCAAAGAUUGGAGUCUUCAAGCAUACACCCAACAAUAACCUGGAGUUUUCCACGAAUAUCUCGAAAGUCGAAACGCCGGGUGGCAAGCUUUUCAGCCCUAAGAAAGUCAUGCUUCAUGCUGAGGAUGCAAAUAUGAUUCUUCAGAAUGAGCAGGAUCCCAAUUCCCUCUACCGAAUGGACCUGGAAUACGGAAAAGUCGUUGAUGAGUGGAAAAUUCACGAUGAUAUACCUGUCACUUCAUUUGCACCCGAAACUAAAUUCUCCCAAAUGACCUCCAACCAACCGUUCCUUGGUAUCUCCCGCAACGCACUCUAUCGUAUCGAUCCCCGUCUAUCAGGGAACAAACUGGUGGAAUCAGACCUCAAACAAUACGUCAGCAAGAACGAAUUUUCUGCCACUGCAACCACAGAGAAGGGUUAUAUUGCGGUUGCUUCCAACAAAGGUGAUAUCCGCAUGUUUGACCGUCUUGGUGUCAACGCGAAGACACAUAUCCCCGCUCUGGGAGAGGCAAUUAUUGGUCUAGAUGUAUCCGCAGAUGGCCGCUGGGUCUUGGCAACCUGCCGUACGUACCUACUCCUGAUCGAUGCUCUUCAAAAAGAAGGCAAAAAUGAAGGCAAACUUGGUUUCGAGAGAUCAUUCGCGAAGGACUCGAAGCCACAGCCACGCCGCCUGGGUUUGCAACCAAGUCACGUCGCCCAGUUCCAACAUGAGACCGGGGCCCCUCUCUCUUUCACACCCGCUCGAUUCAAUACCGGCCUUGACUCGUCAGAAACGUCAAUUAUAACAGCUACUGGUCCUUUUAUUGUCACGUGGAACAUGAAGAAGGUGCUUCAGGGCAGGAAAGAUCCGUACACGAUCAAGAGAUAUGCGGAGGAGGUAAAGGCGGAUAACUUCAAGUUUGGUAGUGAUAAGAGUGUUAUUGUCGCGUUACCGAAUGAAGUUAAUAUGGUUGCGAAACAGUCGUUUAAGCGGCCUACGCGAGAGAGUAUUGCCGGACCCGUUCGGUAUAGUGCUGGUCGAAGAAGUAGUGCGCGUCUUUCGAGGAAUGAGGUUGUGAACAGUCCUUACUGA